AAAGCAACUGCACACACGCGAACGCUCCGCAUCGAUGAUUUCUCUGCUCGCGGCGAGGGUCAGUAUACCUCCAACAACGGUUACAGCUCUUUCUGGCACAUCAAUCGGCCUGCGAAGUCUUUCGCGGCUCGCGCAGAAUCGGCAAGCUCUGGUUCCGGCGUCCUCACGUGCCUUCUACACCUGGAUUCGCGAUGACGUCGUCAGAAUAACCAGGCUCCCUAUAGUCACGAGAAUACAAAGGCCAUGUAGCAUACGGCCCACUAGUUUGUUCAGCACGUCGACUACUCGAAGACUCAAGCUUGAAAAUGAAGUAAACAGUUCUCGCAGUAAUGCAGAGCACUCGAAUACAUCAACAUCCGCCAAACUCACCACAACGUUGAAAUCGACACUCAAGCUUGACAAGCCUCGUCAUGAACAGAUUUACAACCUUCCAAACAUCCUCACCUUCUCUCGACUCAUAGCCACUCCUGUAGUCGGCUACCUAAUCGUCCACAAUCAACACUUCUAUGCCUUCUCUCUCUUCGCCUAUGCCGCCUUCUCCGACCUGCUUGACGGCUGGAUCGCCCGCCGCUGGAACUUACAGACCGUCAUCGGUAGCGUAGUCGAUCCUAUGGCCGACAAGCUUCUAAUGACGACAUUGGUGACAUGCUUGGCUGUCAAUGGGAGUCUACCUAUGCCGCUGGCUGCGCUUAUUCUAGGUAGAGAUGUGAGUCUGGCCAUGAGUGCCUUUUACUAUCGCUAUGCUAGUCUACCGGCGCCUAAAACGAUGGCGAGGUAUUGGGACUUUAGUCUGCCAAGUGCAGAGGUGCAUCCCACGACCAUAUCAAAGUUCAACACCUUCCUACAAUUGAGUUUGCUUGGUACACUUCUCUGUACCAACUUGCUGCAUGAUCCUUCGGCUACGACUUCCGCUGCAGGUGGUCUACUCAUGUCCAUUCAGGAUUUUCUAGGAGGUGAACAGGGUGUCAAGACGAUGAUUCAGGGCAUCUCCGGUAUUGUGGCUAGUACGACCAUCUACAGUGGUCUUGAGUACACUUGGUCGAGAAAGGCAGUCGUUAUUCUGGGCGGAAACGAAGCACUGAAGAAGAAACAGAGCUUCCGUGGGAGGAUGAUCAUGGCAAGUGGCUUCGGUUCUUUCAUUGCACUGGCAGUAUAUCUUUGGUACAACGGCGAGGCCGAGAGAAACAUUAAAGAAGAGGCCAACAAAAAACUGGGUACUAAAAGUGUUUGAGAGUUUAUGUGUAUAGUAGAGCAUUUCGGUCUGGCUUUUCAAGAUCGGAAUAAGAAAAAUGAAGUCGUGAAACUUA